UUUAGGAGACGCACUCGCGCGUGCGUACAUGUUUGUGGGAGUAGCCAGCAACAAAACUCGAAAAUUAUUAAUGAAAUCAUCAAGUAUAUGCGUUUAUGUGGCGGUCUCUCUCGAUUUCAACUCCUUUUACAUACUCUAGAAGGUGUGAGAAACAUGCUACAAUGAAAGAAAAAAAACCCCUGAAAACCUCUAACUGCUCAAACACAGACCACACCCUCUAAAGUUUCUGGAACAAGAUUCAAACUGAUUGUAUAUUAUAGGAAAAGACAUUAAUGACAAGUCUGAAGUAGCUGCUCAAGAGUUGUAAUGGAAAUCUUACCAUUUGAGGAGGUGGAGUUUGUUGCUAAAGCCAAAGUACAGCUGCAGCAAGGUGGUGUCUCUGGUAUUCAACAGCAUGGCUAUUACAACAUCAUCUCUGCACCUCUACAAGGUUUCUCAGAAGACUGCAGUGAUGAGGAUGACUACAUGACACCACUGGGACCUAAAAGCGAGGAAGGCUCUGUGUGCUGUGUUUGUGGAGAAAACAUCCCCUUACUGAAGAACUGAUAGAUCACUUCAAGACACACACAGCUGAGGUGUCUUGCCACCUGUGUCGGACAAAGUUUGGACAAGUUAUUUCGCUGGCAGUACACUUAAAAAAUGCCCAUCCAAGGAAAAAUUUUAUGUGUGGAAUCUGCAGAACUCUCUUUAGGUGCACGUGGCGUCUGAAUGGACAUAUGGAAAAGCAUCGGAAAGACAUAAUGGAGGUAAAACCUGUGGUUAAAAUGGAACAGACAGAAGAAAUCGGCAUCAAAGAGAAUAUAAGAUACACUGAUAUGAGACAAAUAACCUUGAUGGAUCAUUCAUAUUGUGUCUCAGAUCAAGCAGCUACAAAUGACACUUGCAGUGCCAUCCAGAAACACAUCGACAAUGAUACAAACUCCACAAAUCAAGAGUCACGCAUCGAAACACAAACCGAAAGAUUGCCUCUUUUUGAUAAACAAAACGAUACCUUGAGCUUUUCCUUAUGCCCUUCGGUUCAAUCAGAGCGAGAGCAUCUAAGCUUUAAACUGAAGGUAGAGUAUGAGGAUGGGCUCGGAGAAACUGCAGCUUGUGAGGUGGCUGCACAGGAUAAAAUUGGACUGAUGGAGGAUGACGAAAGUACCGACACUGAUGAAGAUGUCAACGCCAUCCCUCCUAAUAUUAGGGAUGCAAGGGGCUAUUACAACAUCAUCUCUGCACCUCUACAAGGUUUCUCAGAAGACUGCAGUGAUGAGGAUGACUACAUGACACCACUGGGACCUAAAAGUGAGGAAGGCUCUGUGUGCUGUGUUUGUGGAGAAAACAUCCCCUUACUGAAUGAACUGAUAGAUCACUUCAAGACACACACAGCUGAGGUGUCUUGCCACCUGUGUUGGACAAAGUUUGGACAAGUUAUUUCGCUGGCAGUACACUUAAAAAAUGCCCAUCCAAGGAAAAAUUUUAUGUGUGGAAUCUGCAGAACUCUCUUUAGGUGCACGUGGCGUCUGAAUGGACAUAUGGAAAAGCAUCGGAAAGACAUAAUGGAGGUAAAACCUGUGGUUAAAAUGGAACAGACAGAAGAAAUCGGCAUCAAAGAGAAUAUAAGAUACACUGAUAUGAGACAAAUAACCUUGAUGGAUCAUUCAUAUUGUGUCUCAGAUCAAGCAGCUACAAAUGACACUUGCAGUGCCAUCCAGAAACACAUCGACAAUGAUACAAACUCCACAAAUCAAGAGUCACGCAUCGAAACACAAACCGAAAGAUUGCCUCUUUUUGAUAAACAAAACGAUACCUUGAGCUUUUCCUUAUGCCCUUCGGUUCAAUCAGAGCGAGAGCAUCUAAGCUUUAAACUGAAGGUAGAGUAUGAGGAUGGGCUCGGAGAAACUGCAGCUUGUGAGGUGGCUGCACAGGAUAAAAUUGGACUGAUGGAGGAUGACGAAAGUACCGACACUGAUGAAGAUGUCAACGCCAUCCCUCCUAAUAUUAGGGAUGCAAGGGGCUAUUACAACAUCAUCUCUGCACCUCUACAAGGUUUCUCAGAAGACUGCAGUGAUGAGGAUGACUACAUGACACCACUGGGACCUAAAAGUGAGGAAGGCUCUGUGUGCUGUGUUUGUGGAGAAAACAUCCCCUUACUGAAUGAACUGAUAGAUCACUUCAAGACACACACAGCUGAGGUGUCUUGCCACCUGUGUCGGACAAAGUUUGGACAAGUUAUUUCGCUGGCAGUACACUUAAAAAAUGCCCAUCCAAGGAAAAAUUUUAUGUGUGGAAUCUGCAGAACUCUCUUUAGGUGCACGUGGCGUCUGAAUGGACAUAUGGAAAAGCAUCGGAAAGACAUAAUGGAGGUAAAACCUGUGGUUAAAAUGGAACAGACAGAAGAAAUCGGCAUCAAAGAGAACAUAAGAUACACUGAUAUGAGACAAAUAACCUUGAUGGAUCAUUCAUAUUGUGUCUCAGAUCAAGCAGCUACAAAUGACACUUGCAGUGCCAUCGGAGGGCUCAGAGAAACUGCAGCUUGUGAGGUGGCUGCAGAGGAUGAAAUUGGACUGAUGGAGGAUGACGAAAGUACCGACACUGAUGAAGAUGUCAACACUUACUCACUACUCUCUGGUGACACGGCGUACAACCUGGAUGACGACUUCAGCUCAGAAUCUGAUGACAGUGACUCAAGAAGCAGCUCAUGUGGCCGUCACCAGUCAGUGAAAACAAUUUCCCCAGCCCCUGAUCCUCCACAUUUAACCCUGCAGCAAUUGCUUCAGACAACUCCUUUGGUUCCUGCUAAGGUGUCAGAUUUGGUUCCACAAUUUGUGGCCAUGCCACAAACACUUAUCAGGCCCCAUUUCCCUCAUAGUUCUUGUGUCGCUCGUCCGAAAAUUCCUGUCCAUAUACCUUCAGUAGUGCAGCCCUUGAUGUCGAAUCUGUCCAGGAUGACUCCUUGUAUCCCUACCACUUCCAAUCCACCUUUUCCAAGUCAAGUCGUCAUAUCCUUCUCACCCACAGUGAACGUCUCAGCACCCUGUCUAGUUUCAACCAACAGGCCUGUUCUGAGACAAACACCUGCAGCAAUUAGGCCCCUACCAGUAAACGUCCCGCUGAUGACUUCAGUCACUUGUCCCACCCUGGUCAUUGCUCUUACUGAACACAACCAGCCACAGAUCCCUCCUGCCCAGGUUCAGGCUCCGUUACAAGUAGUGGCCAUGUUUGUGAACCAAAGCAGGGAUUUGGCUCUGCAGAAGCGACUCAAGCAGAGCUGGCGCUCCAAGACCAUCUUCCCCUGUCGCCACUGUGGGGCCGUCUCAAGACAGCCUUCGCUGAAGGUGCGUCACCGCUACUUACACCUGCGGAAAUACAUUUGA